AUGUCUGAUAUAAAAUCUUCUUCUCGAUAUUCCUCAAAAAAAAGUUUACCUUACGAAAAAGCAUUAUCAUCUACAAUUUCUCAAAUAAAUAAAAAUCGAGAUGAUAUUAUAAAAAAUAAAGUUUAUUGCCCCAUCGAAUUAAAAAAUGUCUACACGUUACUAGAGGACAGUGAUAAAAUAUUAAGAAAA